GUCCUCAUCCGACCAGCCACUUCCGGCGCGCGCUGCAGAUUGCUAGAAAGCUUGGUGGCAGUUAGACUGGGAGCUGGGCGGCGUCGGUCCGCUCAGCAGUUCCCCGAGGCUGAGCUCCCUGCGCGUGGGCGACGCGGCGCGGUCCUCCGCUGUGUCAGCGUGUUAUGAUGCCAUCCCGUACCAAUGUGGCUACUGGAAUCCCUAGUAGUAAAGUAAAAUACUCAAGGCUCUCCAGCACAGACGAUGGCUACAUUGACCUUCAGUUUAAGAAAAGCCCGCCUAAGAUACCCUACAAGGCCAUCGCACUUGCCACUGUGCUGUUUUUGAUUGGUGCCUUUCUUAUUAUAAUAGGCUCCCUCCUGUUGUCUGGCUACAUCAGCAAAGGGGGGGCAGACCGGGCCGUUCCCGUCCUGAUCAUUGGCAUUCUGGUGUUCCUGCCAGGAUUUUACCACCUGCGCAUUGCCUACUACGCAUCCAAAGGCUACCGGGGUUACUCCUAUGAUGACAUUCCGGACUUUGAUGACUAGCACCUCAGCCCUAAGAAGAGUCACGGUGGAGCUACACCCAACCUUUACAUGGCAGCGAAAGCAGGCACCCUCACUGUGACAGCUGCUACGCUUCCCAUUCGUCAUUCUGAACGUGAAAAGGCCUCUCUAGCUUCUGCAGCUGUUGUGCACAGUGGGGGCUCCAGAGCGUCGCCACUGGUGGAGUGCUGUGCUCCACAGCCCGGCAUCCAGACACAGCCUGUCGGUGAGGAGCAGAAGCAGAGGCUGCGGGCCUGUGGCCACUGUUGGCCUGCAGUUUCAGAAAUGAGGUUCCGAUGGUCUUGUUGUCUGACUUCUCUUGAAAACCAGACGGUUGUUCAUUACUAAGAGACUCCAGGCAGCUGAAGGGGUGUGAGGAAAUCAGCUGCACCGGGCAGGACACCCCAGAGCCCCAAGCCCCACCACCCCUUACUUACUUUAUACCCAACCUGCAAACGUCGCUGAGGACAGACAGCCUCUUGCCGUCCUACAAGCACAGCUCUGCUUGCGGCCUGGCGUCUGUUACGUGGAGAGCCAGACCCAAGAGGACAUUGUGUUCCUUUCCAGGAUGGGUGGGCAGGCUGGUUCAGUUGAAUUCAGAACUGGCCAGGGCACUUGGAAAGGUGCUGCCUGUGGGUACAGCCCCUGCCUGGCACACACUUCGCAGUCUACACAGCAGCUGGCACAGGUAGCCUCCUGUCAGUGUGUGCCCAGGAACCUGGCGGAAACAACAACCAUGGUGACUUUCUGUUAACCUCUGAAGGUGUGAGUCCAGGUCACCGCGGGUGCCUUAUCUGUGGAGUGGCUUCCCAUCGAGGCUUCUCCAGACUCGGUCCUGGAGGCGUGUGCUUCAGUCACAGUUCAGGCGUGCUGCGGAGGGCACAGACUGACCUUAUUACCCAUGCGGUAUUGGGCAUGUUAUCUCUGGAGCUUCUGUUCCUACCCCCCGGGGUAGCACUGCGCAUGGUGAGGCCGUGCAGGAGGGGCUCCGUGCCGAGACAGGCGCAUAGUAUGCACUGAGCACGUGCAGUCGGAGAAGGUGGAGGGACCCCUUUGGUAUCGGAACAGAGCGCAUGUGCGCCCUUGGGGUCCUACACUUGGAUGUAGGACCAGGUGGGCAGUGCUCCCUCGGCUGCCUCCAGGAGGUGUGGGAGGCUGAGGAGCUAGGCUUUGUUUGUUGGGCUCCAGGCCUUGGGAAAGUGCGAACCCUGGGCAGACCACCCUCUUGUCGUGGUGCUGUGGGAGCAUCAGACCUCCCCUCUUGGAGCCUGUUCUUCCUCUCCGCCCGCCACUCCUCCCUCUGCUCUCUGCCCCUUCCGUUAUGGUCUGGGUGGGCAGCACGGGCAUCACAAGGGCACUUGGUAGAAACACAGUGCCCUGCGCCUGCCCCCAAGUUGGCCUCCAUUGUGACGAGACCCCAGGGGCUCGUUCUCAGGGUCGGAGGAGCUGGCUGGGGCACACUGGGCCUCCACCUCCUCAACUGCACUGGAUCUCCUCAAGCAGUACCAGCAGUGAGUGAGGGGCACCCAGGAGGCAAUGGCGCCUUCUCAGUCUGUCAGUAUUCUCUAGCAAAAGAGUAGCUCCAUGGCCUGAGGAGUGGGAGAAACUGAAACAGGAUUCUCAGACAUGUGCAGAUACUGGCAGUGAGGAGUGUGCUUCGAUCCUCCGAGGCCCAGGCGGGCAGUUCAUGAACCAGACAGAGAGAAGCAGGACAGGUUUCCCUCCAGUCUUCUCUGGGAGGCAGGCCUGGUGGCUUGGAGUCCACCUCAUCGCUGGAGGUGGUGGCUUUCCUCCCUGACUCUGAUGUUUCCAUUCUUUUGUUCCUCACAGAAACCUAAGAUGAGCAAACUGGAAAACGGUCCAGUCUGAGGGGUAAUAUCCUUUGGGCCAGGAGACUGGUCCUUUGAGAGUGUUUUUCUCUGGCAUUUAGUGUCUUCAGAGUAGCCUGAGUCUUUCACGCCCAGGGCUGGAAUCUUCCUGCAGCCCAAGCUACAGCAGCUGCAGCUCCUCCACACCCUAGGGCGUUCUCACCCAGCAGAGCUGAGAAGAGGGGCUCCACGGGCAAUAGUGGGUAUUCGGGAGAGAGGAGGGUGGUGAGGAGCCCUGGGAAAUCCAGGCUAGCAGCUCUUGGAUCUGUGGUUGCUGGUGCCUGGUGAGGGAACCCAGGGCCUCGAGCAUGCUAGGAUGCUGCUCUGCCACUAAGCUGUGUCUCCAGCCCUGUAAGACUCCAAGCUUAGCGACCAAGGACUUGCUGAGAGCUGAUGGUCUCCUAUUCUUGGGGGUGUCAGCUUAAUUUCUGUUUUUGUUUGUAGCUAUUAUAAAUCAGAUUAUAAAUGGGAUAUUUUAAAUUUCUUCUUGGAUAGUUUCUUGUUAAUAUAUAGAAGCAUUACUGAUGGUUGUAUAUUGAUUUUAUAUCCUGCAAAUUUAUGCAGUGUGUCUAGUUCUAUUGAGUUUGUGUGUGUGCGUGUGUGUGUGUAAUCUUUAGAGUUUACUGCAUACGCGUCUGCAGAUACUUACAGUUUUACUUCCUUUCUGACUCAGAUGCUUCUUAUUUCUUUUUCUCGCCUAGUUGGUCUUGAGGUUAGUUUGGCAGCACAGUGCUGAGUAGAAGUGAAGAGGGGAAUCUGUCUUGCUCUGAGGAAAAAGCCUUUAACUUUUUCUCAUUGUAUACUAUGUUAGCUGUGGCUUGGCACAUGUGGCCUUUAUUAUGCUAAAGUACAUUCCUGGUGUAUCCAACUUUUUGAGAAGUGUUUGUUGUUGUUUUGUUCUUGUUGUUUGUUUUUUUGUGUUUGUUU